UACAUUUACUGUGCUUCCUUGUCGUCUAAAAUCAGAUGGAUCGGACAAUUAGUUGAAUAUUUGAUGACCCGAUCCUUAUUUUCAUAUUGUGUGAUCAGACUGAAAAUUGAUCUUGAUAGCAAUAAUUAUAUUCUCACAUUGCACCUACAGAAACUCCGCCAAUAAACGGAAUCGCACGAAGUAUUCCGAUUACAACUAAGCCUGGAACUACUUUUUGUACAUCACGGACAUACAAAGUGCAGCGUGAGAAGAUACAUUAGGAUACCUGGACAUUCUAAAAUGACUUUCAGCAGAUCAUAUUCCUAAAGACCAAUACCCUCCUUGUCAUGGACAUACUAGGACUCAGUACACAAUAUAAAGUACGACAGUGUUCUCAAUGUCGGGGGGACACUAAGUUCUACUGUAACACAUGUAAACGUGAUCUGUGUUUCCAGUGUAAAGCGAGACAUGGCAUUGAUCUAGAUAUCAAACAUCAUGAUGUUGAAAUUGGCCAUGAGAAGUUUAGAUAUUUACCUAAACAGAGGUCUGCUUUGCUUUAUGAUAGGAGAAAAAAACAAGUAGGAAAUGAACAAGUGAAACUGACGUCCUCACCUGUAUUACACACGUCUUUUUGUGUAACAGGUGUUAGUUGUGUGUUUCACAUAUCUCGUGUGAUGUCAGACCGGGUCUGGGUCUCUGGUAGAAACAAUCUCAUCUUGACAGACACAACAGGAGUUACUAUACAUGAUCUGAGAGACAUAACAUCAUUGUAUAUAGGAGGAAUACACACAGUGAACAGUUCUGGUGAACUGAUUUAUAUAGACAGAGAUGGUAAUAUCAAGAAGCUGUCUGUAAGUAAUAAAAUAGUCACAACACUGUUAGAGAGAACAUUACCAUGGGUACCACAGUGUGUGUACUUCUCCUCCGCCACUGGAGAUCUGGUGGUCGGGAUGUGUAACAUGGGUACGGGCAAGGUAACUCGGUACAACAGUAUUGGACAACACAUCCUGACCAUAGAACACGGCAACAGAGGUCACACACUGUACCAUAUUCUUUUGCAUAUCACAGAGAACAAGAACGGUGAUAUCAUUGUGUCGGAAUGGAUUAAUUAUAACCGUGGUGCUGUAGUGGUGACAGAGCGCGGGGGGAGACAUCGAUUCUCCUACACAGGACCUCCAUCAAGACCACCACUAAUACCACUAGGAAUCUGUACAGACGCGCUGUCACACAUCCUGGUGUGUGAUUUAAACACCGAUACAGUACAGAUGAUUGACAAGGACGGUCACUUCCUGUCUCUGUUACUGACACAAAAACACAGGAUAUACCCACCAUACAGCCUAGACUAUGAUGAUAAAACUCACCUUCUCUGGGUCGGGUCAUGGGACACCAAUACAGUGUCUGUAUUUAGACAUAUACAGAGGAGGUACUCUCUGACUGAUAAUUCAGUCGAUGAUGAUAAGAUCUUCAAAUCCACUGAUGACAUGAAAAGUGGGGACGGCACCAGCAAAACAUCUGAGUCCAAGUUUAUUUUACCUUUGUUUGGUUUAUCUCGCAAGGCAAAGAAAGAUAAGAACCCCAUUUCAGCAGCAAGUAAACUUACUCCAGAUGAUUCAUUCAGUGAUAAAUCUAUUGAUGAAAUGAUGAAAAAUCUGCUGCCUGCAACAGAAGACUUGAGUUUUGGUGAAGAAUCUUAUACUGAAUGGAUUUUAUCUUUGUCUGGCAAGAGAAAAAGUGAAGAGAUCUCCGUUGAAGUAGGAACUAGACUUACUAAAGAUGAUCCAUUCAGUGAUUAUUCCAAGAUCUCGGUAUCUACUGAUGACACGAAAAAUUGGAUAACUGCAACAGAAGACUUUAGUUCUUUUGAUGAUACUGAUGAUUCACUCUGUGAUGAUGAGAAGAUAUUCAGAUCCACUUAUGACAAGAAAAUUUGUGAAGACACCAGCAAAAAACUUAAUUCAAUGUUUAUUUCAUCUUUGUGUGGCAAGGAAAAGAAAGACAAGAACCCCGUUUCAGCAGGAAAUAACUUUUCUUCAGGGAAAACCAAGAAAUAUAUGUCUACCAUGGCGAAAACGUUAAUGACCAAAAGACGGGAACGACUGAAAGAAAAUGGAGAGGCUGAUAUUCGAAUCAGUUUGUCAGUUAAUUCUCUAGAUAUCGAAACACAAUCUCGUAAACUUGGAAGAAGUCAAAUCAUAAACAAGGAUUAUGGAGAGAUUCUUGGUAGCCUUGAUUAUUUAGACUGUGUAGGUCUUAGUUUAGAGGAUAAAGUUAGACAGAGUAUGGCUAUUAACCCAUUCUUACAGUCUAUAGAACGAUUCUCUGAGUGUAAUGUACAGGACUUUAUAGAAUGGAUGAAAAAUUGCAGAAAGGUCCUCAGAAAAACACGAUCUACAACAUGGGGCAGUAUUUCUUCUAUUUUGUUUGCUGUGUAUACAAAAGGGGCCAUCUUGGAAUUCAAGGAAAAGAAUCUUGUUGAAAUCAUUGAUCACAGUAUACGAUGUGCGAUAGAGAGCGAGAAUUGCAUACUCAUUUCAGAGCUUGUCAGGGUAUACUUUUAUAAUCACGAUAUUCAGUUGCAAAGAAUGUUUGAAGAUAUGAAGGGUAUUAGUCCUGCCAUUAUUGACACAAUCUUACAAACUGUGAGAAAUCUGAUUUUAAGAAAAUUACCGACACGCCAAAACAAUGCCAUCGUAUUGUCUUUCUGUGUUAAAUGUGAACAAGAAAAUAAUUUAGUGAUGAUCAUGUCAUACAAAGGUGAUAUAGAAAUGAAAGACAGAAUACCAGACAAAGUCAUGGGAUUAAAACUUGUCCUGUACAACUUUACACAUCCAUCGGAUGAAGCAUCGAGUGUUUUCAAAUCCAUUCCAGUUUCAAAGAAAUCUCCAUUACCAACUGUCACAGAAAGUGAAGCAAGAGAACUAUUUAGGAGACACUCUAACCUUACAAUGAUAUCAGCCUCACCAUAUAAAUCAAUGGGAUAUUCCAAAGGGAAACACAGAGUUGUAGAGAAACUGUGUAUCGGUCUAUUUUGUUUCCAUAAAGGGUAUAUUCCCUACGGAGAGGAAAGAUUUCCAAAACAAUUAGGAGAGUUUGAAGUGGAUGUCCAGGAGGGAUACUGUGUUCUUGGAAGUGGCGCAUCUCUAGAAAUUGGCGGAUAUAUUUGCCGUGCAGGUUGUGGAAGUAUUGGCGGGUUUGUGGAUCUUCCCAAUAAUAAAACUGGUCUUAUUACAUGUGCGCAUGUCAUAUUUUCAUCAAAAGAACUAGAAGAAUUGGAAUCGAUGAACGGAAUUCCUCCAGGCAUUGAAGCAAAAGCCUUUGAUAGAACAGCUCACACAUAUAAAGUGUGUGGAACAUGUGUUGCUGCAGAAUUUCCGAAAUCUUUCCAACAGGCUACACCCCCACAACCUAAUGUUGAUGCUGUUUUAAUUGAACUUGAUCCAGUGAUAGAUACUUUCAGGUUACGGACUGUGUCCUCAGAUCAACUGUACUCUGCAGGUUUUGACCCAGAUAAUCCCCCUGUAUUUUCGGGAGAAGUUGUACCUCUGUCUGAUCCAGAUCCCAUGAACAGAAUCUGCCGUCGAAUUCCAGGAAAAUUAGACAGUGUUGUAAAAUACGGCGUCCAAACUGGGUUGACCAUUGGUGAUCUUUACCACAGUGGUGUUCAUGUCCGGUUUAUAAAUGAUAGUCUGAAACUUCCAGAUAAUUCACGAAGUGCUAUUAUGUGUGAUCAAAUUGAAAUUCAAAACUUUCCUCAAGGUCAGUUUUUUGAGUGUGGUGACUCGGGUUCCUUUGUCUUUUGUAUUAAUCCUGAUAAAAGACUCAGUUGUCUCGGGAUGGCAGUUGGACUAUCCCUUCCACAAAAGACCUGUCUAGUGACUCCUAUUGACAGAAUCUUACGCAGUGUGUGUCCUCCUGGUGCUCGCAUAAAACGUUGUAAUUCUUUGUGUGAUCAAACCAGGACCAAUACACCACUUCAACCUCAAGCAACAUUAGACAUGAUUAUGGCAGCCAUUGGAAAUUUUCAGACUUCGUUACAGACUGUUGAAAGGAAUGUUGAGAGAAACUUGCAAACUUCCUUACAGAAUGUUGAAACUAAUUUCCAAGCUUCGCUACAAAAUGCUGAGAGGAAUCUCCAAGCUUCGUUACAGAGUACUGAAACAAGUUUUCAAGUCUCAUUACAGAAAGUACGAACUGAAGUUCGAACUCUACAGAGUCAGGUUCAACAAAUUGAAGAUUCCAAACCUCGAACAUCAUCAAAUCAAUCCAAUGCCAAUCAAAAUUAAGAUUAUGUUGAGAUGAACCAUCUGAUUAUACAUUUUUGAACAAUAUUUGCAUUUAAACAAUCUUGGCUCUAGUGAGCUUUUCUGGUUGAAGUUUGUCCGGCGUCUGUGGUUGUCGUCAGUGUCGUUAACUUUUCACAUUUUCAUCUCCAGAAAUUAAACACUGAAUCAAUUUCAAUCCAACUUUGUAUAAAUCAUACUUAAGUAAAGAGAAUUUAAUUUUGUUCAAAUAAAGGGUUAUGUUCCCUUCAAGGGGGUGGCGAUCAAGAAGAGGCAAAAAUAGAGUGGGCCAUUCAAAGAAUCGUAGGGCUAGAAAAGUGGAAAUUUUCACGAAAACCCCAUGAGAUACGAUUGAAGUCAGCAUUUCGCAAAUUCUGUGGUCGUUGUGACGAUCUAGUUCGUCAAUACAACCUCGCAUUGGGUCGGGUGCUGUCUGGCGUGUUUCGUGCCGGUUGUUGAGCCGUUCUUGACACACUGAUUUUGACUGUGGAUAAGUCCGUUUACCUGAUCAGGAUAUGGGGCUCACGGCGGGUGUGACCGGUCAACAGGAGAUGCUUACUCCUCCUAGGCACCUGAUCCCACCUCUGGUGUGUCCAGGGGUCCGUGUUUGCCCAACUAUCUAUUUUGUAUUGCUUGUAGAAGUUUUGAGAUUGAUCACUGUUCGUUAUCUUCACCUUGCAUAGUGAAGAUGGGGAAAUCUUAAAAAAAAAAAAAAAAAAAAAAAAGUCUUCCCAAGAACCACUGGGCCAGAAAUGUUUAAAAUUACAUCGAAACUUCCUCAUAUAAUUUUGAUUUGUAAAUAAGUAUCUCAUAUGUUUCAAAACUACAGGAAAUGAAAACCACUUAACCAUAAGUGUGAAUUUAUUAUAAAAUCGUUCGUUGUAACUGUAUUUACUGCAUAUGGUAAUUUAUUUCUUUUCAAGCUGUGCCACACUACAUCAUAUCCAAAUGCAAAUGAUUCCAAGUUGUAUUGAUUCAAGUUUUUAUGCUCUUGCAACUAUAGUCGGGUGUCUUGUUUUGUCCAGCAUGUCUGACACUUAAAUCUUGCUCAUGAUAUUUGAAUGAUGAGAAAAAGGCCUCUUACAUAUCAUGUGCACAUUUCUUUUCACAAGACUUUUUACUUGGUACCAAUGUUUGAAACCUUGACCUUGGAGUUUGACCUACUUUCAAGAAAACCUAAUCUAUUCAAUAUUUCCUGAACUUUUUAUGAGAAGGUUUUCAUAAUUUGCAUACAGAUCCCUUAUAGUAAAAUUUUAUAUUUCAUACAUAAUGUAUAAACUUAUGAUCUGAACCUUGGAGUUUGACCCAAAUUUCAAAACUUUAACCAAACCAUUAACCUUGCUCAUAACUUUGGAAUAGUGACUAAUACAUGUGUGGUGAGGCUAUCAUAUUUCAGAUAUGCGUUUCAUGUGACAAAACCUUUUUUCGGUACUUAAGUUUCUAAACUUGUAACUUUGACCUUGGAAUUUGGCCUACUAUUAAGCAAACCUACCUAUUAAAUAUAUUCUGAACUAUUUAAGGUAGGGCUUUUAUAUUUUGUAUAAACAUUUUGUACAUGUAUAUUCUUUGUGGUAAGGCCUUUCUAGAGCAUCUAAUCUGUUGAAUAUCUCCAGAACUAUUUAAGGUAGAGCGUUGCUUUUCUGUAUAAAUAUUCAUUAUGGUAAGUCCUUUCAUUUCAUACCAUGUUCUUGGACCCUAUGACCUUAACCAGCAGAACAGCAAUGUCAUAUCAGUCGCAUUGGUGUUGAAGUAUCCCCAUGUUAUGUGAAAUCAAAUUAUGUUUUGUCAUCACCAUUUGGAGCUAGCCUACACAAUAUGGAGUCAAAUUUUUCAUGGGAAUAGACUGAAAAAAUGUCAAACUUACAACAGUGAUGCCAAGGGAACUGGGUGAGCGAUGCGGCGUAUGGGUCCCUUGUCAAAAGUCAGGGAUAUGUGUAAAGACUUUUAUGAUGUGUAUUAGAUUUAUAAACAGUUCACAUCACUGUGUUAUUGUGCUCAUGUUCAUUAUCAUUAUUAUAAGCAAAAUUCAUUAAAACUUAUUUUAUGUUUUUAUCAAGGGAUUAAAAAGUGAAUAGAAAAUAUC